AUGCAUAGCGCGUGUACACGUCGCUGCGAAGCGGCGGACGCGCUCUUUCGUUGGCCACGGCGCCAGCGUCGUCGAAAACAUUUUGGGGAGCGGUCGCGCGGCCGGAAUUAUAAAAAUUGGCUCCAGCAAAACAAACAGCUAUACCAGAAACAGCUAUACCAGAAACAGCUUAUACCAGAAACAGCUUUUGCUCCUUCAGUUUUAACGGAAGCUCCAGCACCUGAUGACCACCAAGAGAACGCUCUCGAUUAUCCUCGAGCACAAAACUCCAGAAUGCGGAAAUACAACACCUACUUUUUUUAUCAGAAGCCUCAACACCUGACCUUGACCAAGAAAAAUGUACCACCUAUUGAUAGUCAACAACGGAAGACUCCAGAAUCUAGUGAUAGAUCACCAUCAAUUUUGACACAGAUACCAAUAUCUGAUGUUCUGCGAGGAAAUAUUUCACCUGUUGAUUGUCUUCGAUCAACGACUUCAGAACAAGCUUAUCAAUCACCAGCUAUAGCAUCAACUUCAACAGGGCAAAUCUCAAGAGUGCCAACCAUGAAACGCAGCUAUUAUCGUACAAUUUAUGGUACAAGCUCGAGUUCAGACGCAUCUGAUGAUUUGCCUCUGAAUCAGAUAAAAAGAUAUGAAUUUUAUGAUCUCCUGCCUACGCCUGCUAAAGAUCAAAACAAAAAAACACCGACUCUCAGGCAAAAAAGCCAUUAA